AUGUUUGGGUUUAGAAAAGCAGCAGCACCACCAGCUGAAGAGGAUAAGCAGACAAACCUUACUACAGAAAAAAGAACUGUUUCAGAACCUGUCCUCCCAGUUCCAAAAUCAAAAGGAAACUAUCUUGACGAGGAUGACGAUGAUUGGGGGAGGAAGCCUGUAUCAAAAGACAAAAACAGGUACAAGAAUGAUUUCAGUAACUCUGGGGGGCUAGAGAACCAAAGUGUUCAGGAGCUGGAAAACUAUGCAGUGUACAAGUCUGAGGAGACGACAAAGAGUGUCAACAAUUGUUUGAGGAUUGCUGAGGACAUCAGAGAGGAUGCCACAAGGACCCUUGACAUGUUGAACCAGCAGGGUGAGCAGAUAACCAGGACCCACAAUAUGAUUGUUGAUACUGAGAAGGAUUUGAGUAGGGGUGAAAAACUCUUAAACAAUCUUGGGGGCAUGUUCUCCGCACCCUGGAAGCCAAAGAAGACCAAGAAUAUCCAGGGCCCUAUAAGUACACCAGAUAAGCCAAGCAAAAAGGAUGUACAUAAUAAGGAAGAUAGAGAGAAGUUGGGUUUAGCUCCUUUGCCUAAAGGACGCUCAGCCCCUACCACACCUCCUAAUGAAUCAGCCGACGUCUAUCAGAAAGUAGACUACGAGAAAGCUAAACAAGACGAUGCACUUUCGGAUCUAAGUGACAUCUUGGGUGAUUUGAAGGGUAUGGCAAUUGGCAUGGGAACUGAACUUGACAGGCAAAACAAGGCUCUUGAUCAUCUUAGCGAGGAUGUGGAUGAGCUGAACUCUCGAGUAAAAGGUGCCAACCAGCGUGCGCGCAAAUUGAUGGAUAAUAUCUCUUUGUUACUAGAUAAAUUAGCUAUUCGCAACUUUAAGGUAUCAUCUUGA